GCGCCGGUCGGCGGUAGGCGCGAGAACGCGCAGGGCGGCGCGGGUCCGGGCAUGAAGCUGGGCCGGGCCGCGCUGGGCCUGCUGCUGCUGGCGCCGUUGGCGGUGCGGGCGGUGGAGCCCAUCAGCCUGGGCCUGGCCCUGGCCGGCGUCCUCACCGGCUACAUCUCCUACCCGCGCCUCUACUGCCUCUUCGCCGAGUGCUGCAGCCAGAAGCGGAGCCUCAGCCGGGAAGCGCUACAGAAGGAUCUGGACAGCAAGCUCUUUGGACAGCAUCUUGCAAAGAAAGUCAUCUUAAAUGCUGUGUCUGGCUUCAUAAGCAACCCGAAGCCCAAGAAACCUCUCACCCUCUCCCUACACGGGUGGACGGGCACCGGCAAAAAUUUUGUCAGCAAGAUCAUCGCAGAGAAUAUUUACGAGGGUGGUCUGAACAGUGACUAUGUCCACCUGUUUGUGGCCACGCUGCACUUUCCACACAUCUCCAACAUCACCCUGUAUAAGGAUCAGUUACAGUCGUGGAUUCGCGGCAACGUGAGUGCCUGUGCAAGAUCCAUCUUCAUAUUUGACGAAAUGGAUAAGAUGCACGCUGGCCUCAUAGAUGCCAUCAAGCCUUACCUGGACUAUUACGACAACUUGGAUGGGGUCUCCUAUCAGAAAGCCAUCUUCAUAUUUCUUAGCAAUGCUGGUGCAGAACGGAUCACAGAUGUGGCUUUAGAUUUCUGGAGAAAUGGAAAGCAGCGGGAAGAAAUCAAGCUCCGAGACAUGGAGCCUGCUUUGUCAGUGUCAGCCUUCAACAACAAGAACAUGACCUGACAUAUUCACCCUUGACCUUGAACUCUUGGAUGUGGAAAGACACUAUCAUGCUGGAGACCAACUCACUGAGUAAACUCCAUGAGCCAUGUUGGUGACUGCUACCAUUCAAGUCUUUGCUCAGGUUCGUUCUUGAGGUUAUAAAACAGAAGGUCUCCUCUGAAACAGACCUGCCAAGAAAUUCAUACUACCUCAGAGUUACAUGAACAGUCAUGGGCUAUUUUAUGUCAUUUUGUGCAACUGGAAUAUUACUGUGAAAGAGAAAAUAGUUUAUGAUAUGUUGAACAGAUUUCUUGGCACGUCAAAAAGUAUGAACGCAUGCAGGAGAAACCUCAGCCCCUAAAUACCGCAGCAGGUGGGGCCGCUUGCCUAAAACCCACGUGAGAGGCUCCAGAGGACAAGCCCCGGAACCAGGCAGACCUGGCUCAGCUGCUGACUGGCUCCGGCCUUGGGCAGAUGGCUGAACUCUUCCAUCCACCCGUCCACCCAUCCAUCCAUUUAUUUCAGUGAACAUGUUUAUUGAGCACCUACUGGGUGUCAGGCUCUGGUCCAAGAACUGAGGACACAGCAGUGAACAAAAACAGAAAUCCAUGCUCUGGCGGAGUUUACAUCCUAGUGAUGAAUACAGGAAUAUGUCAGAUGAUGGGAUGCGUGUUUAUGUCAAGGUAGAGACAUAGCUUCUUCUUUCCCCCCAAUAAGGAAAAAGUAAACCAAUAAAAAAGGGUUGGGAGGUGUGGGAUGGAUGGCAGCAGUUUUAAAUAGAGUGGUCAGGGAAGGCUCAAUGUGGGUGACAGCUGAGCUGAUCUGAGGAGUGAGGGAGCCAUGUGGACAUGGGAGGGAAAAGCGUUCCAUUGGACAGAAAAGCACAUGCAAGAGCCCUGAGGUGGGAGUGUGCCUGGGGUCACAGGCUGGUUCAGGAUGAACACAGGAGAAAAGCAGGUCAGAUAAGAGGUGGCGCUUGGGGUUGGAUGCAGAUUGUGGAAGGCCUGGGGAACCGCAGGGAGGCCUUGGGUUUGGCUCCAAGUGGAGGAGGGAGCCCCUGGAGAGUUUUGAGCCAACAGUGAUGAGAUGGGACCUAGUUGUAACAGGACCGCCUGGCUGCUGGGUGGAGAAUAGACUGAAGGUAGGGGGCCCAGCAAGGAGCUGCUGCCACAACCCAGGGAGAGGUGGUGGUGGCUUGGCCCACCAUGGCAGCAGUCGGGGUGGAGGGACAUGGUUGGAUUAGGAUGUAUUUUGAAGGUAGAAACAGUAAGAUUUCCUAAAGGAUGAUGUGCAGGAAUGAGAGCGAGGAAUCAAGGAUCUGACCAGAGCAAUUGGCAAGGUGGCCCUGCCAUUUAGGGGACGGCCUGCAGGGGGAGCAGUUUUGUGGGAAAGGGUGGGAAAUGAAGAGGGGUGUGUCCAGCAAGGCCUCUAAGCCCACAGCUGAUGUUCCAGUGCAGCUCCAGGGCAUUCAAGCUGAGGAUACAAAUUGGGGUGUGGUCAGUCGGUGGUUUACAAAGCCACUUGUUCUGCCAGAGCACUCUUCAGGGCCUCUGUGUGGCAGGGUCCUUGUCGUCCUGACCAGCCUGGCUAAUUGGUCUCUGCCUUCUGCUAUCCUUGCCCGUUCUCCCCGUCUCCGUGUUCACAGUCCAGCACUACUUGGAAUUGUCUACUGACUGGUUUAUUGAGCGGCUUCUCAGUCGUGGACCCCCUGAGGCAGGUCCGAGUCUGCCUGGCUCUUUGCUCUGUCCCCAGGCCUGGGCCCGAGCCUGUCGGGCACAGCGCAGGCCUUCAGGAAACGAGGUCCCGCUUGUUACUGCUCAGCGGCUGGUUUAGGUUUUCCCCGCAGCCACAGGCUGCACUCUGUCCCCGGCAGACAGGUGUUUACUGAGCACCAGUAAAGCACUGCUGGGGAAGAAAGGAUCAAAUCCCAGAUGUGAUCUUAUGAUUUACAAUAAGAAAUAUGUAUUUGGUCUUCAUCCCCAUUUCUGGCACAGAGCUCCAAAAAUCCGUGGAGUUUCCAAGGGCUAGGAGCCUUAUAAAGGUGUCUUGAUGUUUGUAACAAACCCCUUUCAGCCACACUUGAGCUUGUGUCAUGAGGUGAUUUUUGGAAAAAGCACCUAAGGGGGUGGUUUCCAGGAGAACCAACCCUUGAUUGGAGGGUUGGAACUUUCAGUCUCCAAUCCUUUCAGACUUCCCGGGAGGGGAGAGGGGCUAAAGGUUGAAUCAGUCGCCAGUAGCCAAUGAUUUGAUCAAUCAUGCCCACAUAAAGAUUUUCCAUAAAAACCCUAAAGGACGGGCUUUGGAGAGCUUCUGGGUUGGUGAGCACGUAGAAAUUCAGAGUGUCACACUGAGAACAUGGAAGUCCCUUCCCACACAUCUUGCCCAAUGCAUCUCUUCCAUCUGCUUGUUCCUGAGUUACAUCCUUUUAUAAUAAACUGGUGAUCUAGUAAAUAAAAUGCUUCUCUGA